AUCAGUAACAUUUCUCAGACAUCACUAUGAUCUCUGCUAAACAGAAACUAGAACUAGCCGGCGCUAUUGCGGAAAUCAUCCCGUUGGAUCCCGAGUCGUGCUCUCAGAUGGUUGAGUACGGAUUGACUCUCCCAAACGACAGUGCUAUCCAAGAUCACUUUCUCAACAUUCUUGGAGAAAGCGAUACCACUUCGGCAUUUUUGAUGAAAUUCAUCGAUGUGAAAAACAGCUUGAAACACAAGCCGAAGGUCACGCCAUCCCCAUCAUCUGUAAUUGAGCCCCAGCCCAAAAGGGACUCUAAAAAUGCAUGGAGCACAACCAAAUCUAGAGAAACAUCCAGCUCCCCAGCACCAAUUAAACCUCUGAAAAGAGUUCCCAUAACCACCUCGGAGUUGAUCAAAGAGAAGCAGGAGGAAACCCCCAAAGAGAACAGAAAGUCAAGAAAGAAGAAGCUCGAGAGCCUUCAAGAUCUUGAGGCGGUAUUGAAUUCACUUGAAGUGAAGAAGGAUGAUGACUCACGCACAGUUUGCUUCUGUAAUGCUACGAGGCAUCCACUAUUCGAAAUAGCCCCCAACUGCUUGAACUGCGGCAAGAUUAUCUGUGCCAGAGAGGGGUUACAGCCAUGUUCUUUCUGUGGCUACGAGCUUCUUUCUGUUAAAGAUAGAGUCGAGAUAAAAGAAGUGUUACUAAAAGAAAAACAAGAAUUGGACGGGAAACCAGUAAGACCAGAAAGGUACCAGGGAUCACCCAAGCCUCAAACCAAGCCCAAGAAGAUAGUGGUUAGUUUAAAGGCCGGUGAAAAUCUCUGGAAAGCUCAAGAUGCUGCUUUGAAACAAGCCGAAGCCGAGAGGAAGAUCCAGCACGAGAGACUAGAGGAGGAAAUUGCCUCCCGAGAAACCCAGUCACAGCAGGAGAAGGAGAUUCUGUACUACAAUAAUAUCAGCGGAGUUGAUCCUGAUCUAGUGGCAGCUCAACAAAGACUCAAUACAUUACUAGACUUCCAAGACAAUGGAGAAGAAAGAACCAAGAUCAUAGACAACGCAGCCGACUACGAAAUCUCCACUUCCAACAGUGGUAAUAUGUGGCUUUCUGCCGCCGAGAGAGCGAUAAGGUUAAAGAAGCAGCAACGACAAUUCAGGAAAUAUGAAGAGAAUGAACAGAAACGGUUGGGUAAAGGCCAAAAGACGGUUGAAAUGGUCAUAAAAGAUGGAAAGGUGACGAUGGUAGAAAAGUACUCGAUGAGAGAUGAUGACGACGACGAAGCGAAUACCCAUGAAAUCACGAAAUUGGAAGACGAUCUUAAACAAAGCAAGAGAAAAGAUGAAGAUAUCGCAACUCAAAACGUGUGGGAUUACGAAGCCGAUAACAACAAGUGGGAGAAACCUGUGUAUGUGGCAGGCAAAGCUGAAGUCAAAGUUGAAUCUCAAGACUUCUCGGACCCGCUCAAGAAACGAGUUCAAUUUGGCUCUGGUGGGGACCUGAGUGAAUUGGUUGCUAGUAUGUAUUAACAGGUGAAUGACUUAUUAUGUAUUAUAUGUGCUUACAAUUAGGUGGACGAUUUAAUACGGUGUGCAAUCUUAGUGCAUAACUAACGCCUUCUCCCCCAGUUCUUAUUCUUCUUGUAGUGAAUCUUCAAUCUCUUGUAGUUGUGACUUAUAGGUGCAACUUUUCUUCCCUUCGAUUUGGUUGCAGGCUUGACUGGCUUCUUAUCUUCUUCACUUUCUUCACCUUCACUGCUCUCCACUCCUUGUGCCAUCUUCUCCAACCUCUUCUCUUCAUUCUCAUUGAUCUCCUCCAACACCUUAUGCAAGUUCUUCGAGCCCAUACUAUCAUCUUCAACAGACGCGAUGUUUGGCUUAAUCUUGUACCGUCUGGUGGAUCUUUUCUGUGUCUUGCUCUUCUUUCGUCUAGGAACAUACAGCUCU